GUACAACCUCUCUUCAAGGUUUCAUUCUCACAAUCCAUACACAUACACAUACACACGAUGUCCUGGAAACUCUCUGCGAUUCUGACUGGACACAAGGGCGAUGUCAAAGCUGUCAUUGCCCCAACGGACUCGAUGGUUGUUUCUGUUUCUCGCGACAAGUCCGUCAGAACUUGGCGAAGACAGUCCAACAACGCAUUCUCGGAAGACAAAGUCUUCCUCGGCCACACCAACUAUGUCAACUCGGUCGCAUUUAUUGGUGCAUCGGAAGCCAACCCUCAUGGACUGAUCAUCACGGGUGGAAGUGAUAAACUGAUCAAUGUAUGGGAUCCUGAAAAUGCUAGUGAACCUGUCUACACCCUUGUGGGUCACACCGACAAUGUCUGUUCCCUAUAUGCCGAUACCGAUGGACAUAUUGUGUCCGGCUCAUGGGACAAGACCGCAAAGAUCUGGAGAAACUGGCAAUGUGUGCAUACUCUUCAAGGACAUACGCAAGCCAUUUGGGGAGUUAUAGAGCUGGAGCACGAGGUCGUUGUCACAGCCUCGGCAGACAAAACGAUAGCCAUGUGGAAGAACGGAAAGAAGAUCAAGACCAUCACAGGUCACGAAGACUGUGUCCGCUCGCUGGCACUCCUUCCUGGCAUUGGCUUUGUUUCGUGCGGAAACGACGGUGCUGUUAUCGUGUGGUCGAACGAUGGCAACCCCGUGCAAGCAUUGGACGGACACACCUCCUUUGUCUACUCUUUAGCAACCCUUCCUACCGGCGAGAUCUUCUCCAGCGGCGAGGAUCGCACGGUCCGCGUGUGGGAACAUGGUGUAUGUACGCAGACCAUCAUUCACCCCUGCGUCUCUGUUUGGUGCGUUGCUGCCUUACCCAAUGGAGAUAUCGUAAGUGGUGGAUCUGAUGGAUUCGUCCGUGUCUUCACCCGGAACAAGGAGCGUGUUGCAAGCGCCGAAAUCUUGAAGGCUUAUGACGAGGAGAACGCGGCUGCUUCCAUCCCCUCAAACCAAGUAGGAGACAUCAAAAAGGACGACCUUCCUGGCCCAGAGGCUUUGCAGCAACCGGGACGCAAAGAUCAGGAUGUCAAGAUGGUUCGCGUCGGAGACACUGUUGAGGCCCACCAGUGGUCAAAUGCUGAGCAGUCUUGGUCAAAAAUCGGAGAGGUCGUGGAUGCAGUCGGUCAAAACAGGAAGCAGCUCUAUGGAGGGGUGGAAUACGAUCAUGUUUUCGAUAUCGACGUUGGAGAGGGCCUUCCUGCCUUGAAGUUGCCAUUUAAUGUCACUGAGAACCCGUACACAGCUGCACAGGCGUUCUUGACCAAACACGACCUCCCACUGGAAUACCUGGACCAAGUCGCGAAUUUUAUCACCAAGAAUGCGCGUGCUGUAUCCCAAGGGGAGACUGCAGCUGCUGGAGACCCUCUGACAGGCGGUUCGCGUUACACCCCUGCACAGAGCGUCUCGUCCUCACUUGGAUCAUAUAAUCCAUGGGGCAAUGACGCUCCAAAGGCUCAGCCAGCCGUCAAGCGCCUCAUUCCGCAGCUCACGAAUGUCCCUUUCAAGGAUGCCAACCUCUCCGCAAUUCACAAGAAGAUUCUGCAGCUGAACACGGAACUGGCCUCUUCCAGCGCGGCUCUUUCCAGCGCGGAUCUACAGCAACUUGAGUCACUCUUCAAAUUUUUGGGCGCGCCACCUAAGCAGCCGACAGCACAGCCGCAGUACGUUUCGCUGCUGCUAAAGAUUUUCAACACCUGGCCCGAGGCAUCACGCUUCCCCGCUAUAGAUUUGUUGAGGUUGUUGACGCUAUAUUCCACGAGUCCGGCAGAGACACCAGAUCUACUCAAAACACUGCUGACCGCAUCGCGCACUCAUGAAACAAGCCUUAUGCUGGUCGCACGCCUUAUCGUCAACUUUUGCGAGACCGACCUGGGACGCGAGGUGGCCAUGAACGAAAUUUCGACUGUAUUAGAGUUCAUGGAGGAUGACGCUGUUUGGCAGAGCACCAACAAGAACCUGAAGAUCGCGCUGGCAACCGUUUAUAUGAGUUACUCAACUAUUCUUUUGAAGCGCCAUGAUGACGAUGCUUUGGCCAUUCAGUAUGUUGGGGUAUUGACCAAAAUCCUUGAGAAGGAGAGGGAGCAGCAAGUGCAGUACCGUCUCCUGGUCGCGCUGGGCAACCUCAUUUUCGCACACGAGAGUGCCAAGGAAUCGGCAGCGAUUUUUGGCGUGAAAGGCGUUCUCCAAUCGGCGGUGCUAUCCAGACCCACAUCUGAGAGAAUCUCCACAGCAGGAGUAGCCAAUGAAAUUGUCAAACUUCUCCAGUGAAGAGACCACGCUGGAUGUGUGGAAUUUGAAAGUUACUGUGGGCGUUGAGAAAAAUAAUAAAGUUAAAAAUACAACA